AAAGGAAAGACGUUCGUUGUUAGUCAUCAUCCGUUGGAGAUUGGGAUAGGGUGAAGCUGUACACUUCAAGAUGGCCAAAUUCAGUCCUGAUGGGGGAAAAUAUCCUCCAACGGAGUUCAGCCAAAAGUAUACAAGUGUAAUGGCACCAAACGAAAAGUUGGUCUCGCCCAAGGAUAUAUUUGGAGAGAGCGGUGUUUUCGAUAAAGAUGUGGAGGAGAAGACUCGACAAGCCUUCAAGCAAACAAUGAAGAAGUUGGACAAGCUUAAUGUACCAACCUCUAAAUGCAAAGAGGAUCUUGAGCGUGAAAAACUGGAUCAGAUUAUCGAAUGCUUUCCUCACACCAUGCCAAAAGAGCUUCCGUUACUUCUGCCAAAAAUCAAGUGGACAAAACCCGUCCUAGAGGUAGAAACGUGGGACAUUUGGUGGGGAAUGCACGAAAAAAUUUUAAAAUUACUUAGAAAACAAGCAAAGCAUAUUCAUAACUGGUGGGAGUUCACUGGCAAGCCGGAUCCUGGAGUCGAAGCCAUUGUUGAUUGCCUGAAACGUUUGGUGUCAAGUGUUCUCACUCAUCCUGUGACAAUUGGAAGGAUGGUGGCUUUGCACACAAAAAAACGUAAGAAAAAUCAUCCUAAAUCUGUUCACUUGGUUGGGACAGAUAGACCAGAGGCCACGAUGAUUUACGCUGGAUUCUUUCACGAGAUACUGGCAGCGAAUUCAGCUCAUCCAAUUAAGCUGACAUUGGUUAGCCCCGAUCAAGCUAACGCUACUCUAGCCAAAGAUUGUGGUCCUUCUUCACCGAUGUUAAUUGAUCAGCGAUGCAAACUCACUGCAUGGUCUGGACUUUAUCAUGAUUUUUGGGACAGCUACAUUGAAACUCAACAAGUCGAAAAACCUGACAUUGUGGUGGGCAUCCAUCCUGGAUUGCAUGCCGACGGUGUUUACGAGUUUUGGGAGCCUACGUUGGAUCUCCUUUUGGACCACAACAUCACAACAGUGUUCACUGUUUUGGAUAGAAAGGAAUAUUCUCAAUCCUUGAAACAAUUGGAUCGAUUAUUCUGCAAAUACAUCUUCAAAGGAAAAAACGCUUUUGGAUCCAAGCACGUAAAGCAGACUCCACACGAUCCAGAUUUGAUGUGGUCAUCCAAUCAAUACGUCAUCGUAUUUAAGGGUAGAACCGUCGACCUCAAGACAUUGACUCUAAUUGAGCCUUCUCCGGCCGACACGAUGGGAAACGAUGAGGAAGAUCUUGAUCAAGCUGAGGAGGAUUUUGAAAGGCUUUUGCAAGAGAGCGGUGAAUAAAUGUUUGUCUUUGCUCCAUUUCUAAAUGUACCAGCAUUGGUUUUGCAUGAAAUAAAAUAUGGUUCUCCAAUGAGGCAGCAAGGACAUCAAA